AUGGACCCAGAUGUGCAAAUGAAUGAUGCCUCGGACGACGGCAUUGAUGAGGAAAUUCUUCAGGCUUCUACAGCUGACAUUGUGUCUCGGCGGUACCUUUUAGAAAACGACAUCAAGGUCAUGAAGCUGGAGCACCAGCGACUGCUCAAUGAGCGCAAUGGUCUCAAUGAACGCAUUAAGGACAAUCAAGAAAAGAUUGAAAACAACAAACAACUUCCAUAUCUUGUUGGUAACGUUGUCGAACUUCUUGAUAUGGAGGGCGAAUCGACUGAAGAAGGCUCAAAUGUUGACCUCGACGCCACCCACAUUGGCAAGUCUGCCGUUAUCAAGACCUCGACGCGCCAAACUGUUUUUCUACCUCUCAUUGGCCUUGUGGAGCCCGAGAAGCUUAAACCCGGCGACCUCAUUGGUGUUAAUAAAGACUCUUAUCUUAUUCUUGACACUCUGCCGGCCGAGUACGAUAGCCGAGUUAAGGCCAUGGAGGUGGAUGAAAAACCCACAGAAACUUACUCAGACAUUGGCGGUCUCGACAAGCAGAUUGAAGAACUGGAUGAGGCCGUUGUGUCGCCCAUGAAACAAGCUGAUAAGUUCAAGAGACUUGGUAUUAAGGCUCCUAAGGGUGCCCUCAUGUAUGGCCCACCAGGUACAGGUAAGACACUGUUGGCGCGUGCGUGUGCUGCUCAGACCAAUGCGACGUUCCUUAAACUGGCUGCUCCACAGCUUGUACAGAUGUUUAUUGGUGACGGUGCCAAGCUAGUUCGCGACGCGUUUGCUCUGGCUAAGGAAAAGGCACCAUCUAUUAUUUUUAUCGAUGAGUUGGAUGCCAUUGGUACAAAACGUUUCGACUCUGACAAGUCAGGAGAUCGUGAGGUGCAGCGCACCAUGCUUGAGCUGCUGAACCAGCUGGACGGUUUCGGCAGUGAUGACCGGGUCAAGGUGUUAGCAGCUACUAACCGUGUUGAUGUGUUAGACCCUGCGCUGCUGCGCAGUGGUCGUCUGGACCGUAAGAUUGAGUUCCCCCUGCCUACAGAAGAGGCUCGUGCUGGUAUUCUACAGAUCCACUCGCGUCAAAUGACAGUGGACGAUUCAAUUAAUUGGCAGGAACUGGCGCGCAGUACAGACGAAUUUAAUGGAGCACAACUCAAGGCUGUGUGUGUUGAGGCUGGUAUGAUUGCUCUGCGUUCGGGCAAGUCUAAAAUUACACAUGAGGACUUUGUCGAGGCCAUUACUGAAGUGCAGGCCCGCAAGUCCAAGAGUGUGUCGUUUUAUGCAUGA